GACUCCACAGUUGCUAACCCAACAAGAGGAGUGAAUCGCCACGCGCAAUGAGCGGCGGAGGGCACUUACUUGCGCGGCUCGGCGCUGGGUGAACGAGCGAUUGGUUCAGAGAGUCGUGGCAUUGGUCAGACCUAAGGCCUUUCUCUUCCACCCUCCCCUCCACCCUCGCUUUGUGCCUGCAUCGCGUCGUCCCCCCGCUGCAGUCUCUAUUCUCUGCCAGACACCUUGCAGUCUUGCACGUCACCCACCUUCUUCCCCUUUCCUACCCUUUCCUAUUUCCCUACUUGUGCAGGCUGCAGCAACAGCCGAGCCUUCCAGCUCCUGUGCGCUCCUCCAGACGCGGAGAGCUCUCGGGAGCUCUGGCCUUCUCGCCCUGGGGUGGCAUCAGAUCAUAGCCUGACGUGUAGAGAGCGGUGGCGUGGUGGUUUGGUUUCAGUGUACUGGUUAAUCACAUACAGAGCUGGUGAGCUUGUGCAUCACUGGAGAUAGAGAAAGAAGGGAUCUUGCAUUAGUAUCAAAGCAGUAGAUGACAAGGUUGUAGGUCGCUGCAUUGGCGGAAAAAAGAGAAAGAGAAGCAUGAAUGGGAAGUGACGGCAAUGUGGAGGAAGUUCUCGAAGUGGAGUGGGAGGGUGGAGAUGAAGAUCUAACGGCACUGUUGUGCAGUGACAUACUAGUCGCAAGUCACAGAUAGGUGUUAUUGGAAGCAUUAGUGGACCACAGGUGUCUGGAGCCUCGGCACGCCUUUGGGUUUCUAUUGAGUUGCAGUGUGGUGCAUGGCAGUGUGGAAAGCAGGCGCGUCGACCUGCUUUCAGCUUGGCGGAAUGGGGACUAGUAUGAAGAUCUUAUUGAUGGCAUCUGUAUUUGUAUCUCUUCUCGCGGCUGUUUCGGCCACUGAUGAGAAUCCUUUCUUUGGUAAUCGUCCCAUUGGAAACCAUCCACCAGGUGUGGGUCACCAUCCUCCCGGAGUUGGUCGUCACGGUCCCGCGUGGAGUAAGUGGAGAGCCUACAUCGCUCUCCAGGCAUGGAAGAAGGCAAUCGUCGAUGAUCCCAAUGGUAUCCUCGAUACAUGGGUUGGGAAAGACGUAUGCGAGUACAAAGGAGUUUUCUGUUCCCCUCCCGAGGAUCCAAAUCUCUCUUAUCUGGAGGUGGUCUCUGGAAUAGAUCUGAACGAAGCCGACUUAAAGGGUCCUUUGGUGCCUGAGCUCGGAUUGCUUCGCGAGAUUGGACUGUUCCACUUGAACAGCAAUCGGUUCUACGGAACCGUCCCCGAUUCAUUCAGGUACAUGAAGACCCUGUUCGAGCUCGAUCUCAGCAACAACCAUCUCACCGGAGAGUUUCCUCAGGUGCUUCUGGACAUCCCCCUUCUGGAAUAUUUGGACAUCCGUUUCAACAAGUUCUACGGCAAGUUGCCGAGGGAGCUUUUCUCAAAGCGUCUUGAUGCUCUGUUUGUGAACAACAACAACUUCAACGGCGAGAUUCCCGACAAUCUUGGAGAGUCUACAGUCUCUGCUUUAGUUCUCGCCAACAACUACUUGCACGGGAGCAUCCCCAAAUCCAUUGGAGACAUGAAGAACUUAAAUGAGAUUGUCGCUCUGAAUAACGACAUCGAUGGUCAACUUCCUGAUAACAUUGGUAACCUCAAGAAUGUCACCCUAUUCGACUACAGCGACAACCAUAUCACAGGAGGAUUGCCGAAGAGCAUCAAGGGCAUGUCCAGUCUAGAGACUUUUGAUAUGAGCAAGAACAAGCUGGGUGGCAUUGUCACGGCCGAGCUUUGUGAAUUGGACAAUAUCAGCGCCAUCAACUUGGACAAUAACUACUUCACUGGUGUUGCUCCUUCUUGUGCUGCCCUAGGCGAUAUCUUGUCUCUCGACGGAAACUGUGUUCCUGGUUCUCAAGGACAGAAGGACGCAGCCACAUGCGCAGCAUUCUACUCCCCUCCAUCUGGUGGAACUCCUAACCCAACUCCUCCAUCCCCUGUUACACCCUCUCCUCCUCCACCCUCACCAUCUCCUCCUCCCCCCUCACCAUCACCUCCUCCUCCUACUCCUGUUACGCCCCCUCCACCUCACCCUGAGCCAGAGUGUCCAGAGGGUUACGCGCCUGGAUACAAGUCUGGCACCUGUUUCAUGAUAGUAAAGGAGCCAAAGACCUGGUCUCAAGCCGAGUCUUACUGCCGCGAGCAUUCUGAUGGUAACUUGGCAGCGGCUGCUGAUUGGGCGGAGCUUGAGGAUCUUGGUGUCCUCUGCUUCAAGUCGAAUGUAACAGUAUUUGGCGAUGCAAGUAACCCUCUGGGUCUUGGUUGCUUCUUGGGCGGGCGGAGGCCGUACUCACUCAAUCCCGCAACCAAGGGUUGGAACUACCCCUUGUCUCCCUGCGUUGAAUUCAACCAAACUUGGUGGAACUACGGUGAGCCCAACAACCUGGGAGGAUACGAGGGCUGCCUCACUGUUAAGUUCGAGUCUGAGGAGCAGGCGAGAAACCCUGCUAAGCUUCCAUACAUGCUGAACGACCUGAGUUGCGACGUCCGGCUGCCGUUCAUCUGCGCAUUGACUAGGUGCGAGGAUGUGGGAUGCGAUUUGCCUGAGACUUGCAAGACCUUCGGUGACAAGCAAGCUAAAUGUUAUUCGGACCACAGGAACUCGGUGGGCUACGGCUGCGACUGCAGUGCCGGGUACUAUCCAGAUGGCUCUGGAGCAUGUGUCCCUCGUAGCUCAUAAUUCAUCAGGGCUUGUGCUUUCUUUCGGACGUGAUGUGGUUCAGAUGCCGUAGAUAACGCUGCAGUGCAGGUGGAAUGGACCAGUUGGGCGACUUGGAUUAGCAGCAGGUAGUGUAUGUGGAGAAAAUUGCUAGGGAUUAGACAGAUCUUGGAUGGUUUAUGAUAAUGGCUGUCGGAAGGUGGAGUGAUGACAUCUCGGUGAGUGUUGCAUCAUCUCUCUCCUCCCAAGUGGCAACUAGACAACAGGCAAUCAAAGAUUGCUGAUUAGGUGGCCUUGGGUGCAUUUACUCGUCCCACUGCCCUCCUUGCAGGUUAGGACAGAAUGUCUUCGAUGAGGAAAGGGUUUUGGUUAGAUCGGGCAUUUGUCGAUUUCUAUCCAUUUAACUGCUAUGCCAGAUACUUAUUAGGCGGUGGGAUCUAGGAGGGUGGAAGAGCUCUGUGCACUUCAUUGUGCUGGGCCUCUGGGUUUUUCUGAGUUACCCCUCUGCCGAUUCUUUGACAGUGAAUAGUUUAUUCAUUUAGAGUGAGCUUUCUUAUUUUUUUUUUUCUUUUGUAAAAAUGUGGUGUAACGUUGUGCUUGAGCCUACACUUCAUUUGUUCGCUUUAUCUCUUGUCACCUCAUUAUGUAGUUCUUCAAUAAGACCUCAGUGACCAUGUUUACCACUUUUUACUUCGCCACAUUAUCUUU